AUGGCCGCAAAAACUACGAGCAUCCUCUACGUCCCGGGUGCCUGGCACAAGGCUUCGACGUUCAAUCCAGUAGCAACCCUCCUUGAGGAAGCCGGCUACCGAGUCGACCUGAUCGACCUUCCAUCCGUUGGUCCGGCGAAACAUCUCCCCAACUUCGACGCAGACGUCGAGGUCAUUCGAUCGCAUAUUCAGAAGGCUUGUGAUGCGGGCCGUGAAAUCGUCCUCAUCGGCCACUCCUACGGUUCCAUCCCCGCCAGCGAAGCAGCCAAAGGUCUUGAUCUCUCAUCUCGACAAAAGGAAGGCAAGGCCGGCGGCGUCAAACACCUCGUCUUCUGCUGUGCCUUCAUCGUCGACGAGGGACAUUCACUGAUCGGCGCUUUUGGAGGGAGCCCAUUGCCUUGGUUCAAGAUUUCUGAGGAUCAGUUGGAAGUCAACCCCGACACGCCGGAGAAGAUUUUCUAUAAUGAUGUGGCGGAUAACACGACCGAAGAGAUGAUCAGGGCGUUGAGGCCGCAGAGUUAUCAGGUUAUGCAUACACCUGUUACGUACGCGGCUUGGAAGCACAUCCCGAGCACAUACAUUUACACAACUCAGGAUGCCGCCAUUCCUCUGCAGAUCCAGCAGAUGAUGGUUGAGACGGUUGCGAAGGGGUACCCUAUCAACACGGACACGGUCGAUGCCGGCCACAGUCCGUUUUUGAGCAAGCCGAAGGAGACGGCAGAGGCGAUCAGAAGGGCUGCUGGAGAAUACAGCUGA